UAAUAGAAUAGAAAAAAAUAAAGUAAUCAUAAUAAAUAAUAAAUAAUUUUGUAUUCAUGAAAUAACCAAGUGGUGAUAAUUGAUUAUGCUACCUACAAACAAAACUGUCAAUAUUUUAACGUUUUCAAAGUGUUAUAUAACAUGGAAGUAAACGAUGAUGUUAAAACAUAAACAUGUUUUGGGUACACUGUGGACUCUUUCUUGUAAUUGUUCUACCUGGAUUUAUUAAUAGCUUAGAUACAAUCUCUAAAAGAGAAGCAGAUUAUACUUUAGAUGAUUCAUUUUGGAAUGAAGAAACACCCGCUGGUGAAGUUGAACGUCUUCUUCGGCAAUACCAACAAAAUGAAGAGUUAGUAAAAAAUAUUGGUGCUAAUUUUUAUCAAAUCAUCUAUCCAGUACAGUUAAGACAUCACGAAAAAAUGGGUAUAUCUACAAGAGAAGCAGGAAUUCCUAGAUUUCCUCAAAAGGGUAGUUAUAGUGACGGAGUAUAUCAAAAUUCAAGAUCCAGAUCCAGAACAGGUAAACACUUUCAUCGAACUUCACUUCUAAUAAAAGCCUUCAAUCAUAAAUUUCGUUUGGAUUUAGAACUAAAUACACAGCUUUUAGCUCCAAAUUUAGGACAGAAAGAUUAUUUAAUCAAUGGUGCAGAACAAGUAUCUAAACAGGAAAUUGAACAUUGUUAUUAUCAUGGUACUGUUAAAGAUUAUCCUGGAGCUAGUGCUGCAUUUCAUACAUGCAACGGUGUUAGUGGUGUAAUUCAUUUAGGAAAUGAAACUUUUGUUAUUCAUCCAUUUUACGGUGGAGAUAUGUCGCAGAAGCAUCCUCAUGUUAUAUUUGAAGCGAGAACAAAAAUUAAUAAAGGUUGUGCUAACUCAGGAACACUUGAAUGGCGUUCAAAAACACGUCGACAGAAGCAUUUAGUGAAUCUAUCAGAGGAUGUUUCAAAUAGAUAUAAGCGAGAUGUACGCGAAGUCGCUAAGUAUAUUGAGACAGCUAUCUUCAUCGACAAAUCUAUGUUUGAUAAAAGAAAUGGUAGUACAAGAGCUGAAGUUGUCCAUGACAUUAUUCAAGUUGCAAAUAUUGCUGAUUUGUAUUUCCGUACUUUGAAUACAAGAGUUUCAGUAGUAUACAUUGAAACGUGGCAAGGUGGAAAUCAAAUAACUAUAGAUAAAAGUACAGAUAUUAGCAGAGCCUUACUUAAUUUUAAUGAUUACAUGACUAGAAAGAUACAAAUUUCUCAUGAUACAGCUCAAUUACUUACAGGAGAAAAUUUUCUAGGAGGUGAAUCAGGAAUUGCUGUACCUGAUACAGUUUGUAGUCAGAAAUCUGUUGGGAUAAGUGUUGAUCUCAAUACUUAUGAGCCUCAUCUUCUUGCUGGUACUAUGGCUCAUAUGAUUGGUCAUAAUAUUGGAAUGUCUCAUGAUGAUAAUAAAUCGGAGUGUCGUUGUCACGAUUGGCACGGCUGCAUAAUGGCGCAAUCAAUUGUAGGAUUGGAAAAUGUACAACCAUAUAAAUUCUCCGAAUGUAGUAAAGCGGAUUAUAUUGCUGCAUUAAAGGAUGGAAAGGAUGUAUGCCUAUUUAAUAAGCCAAAUGAGUUAGAAGUAAGAAGGUUAUGUGGAAACAGGAUAAUCGAUGAAGGAGAGCAAUGUGAUUGUGGUACUAUUGAUGAUUGUGAAAAUCUUGAUCCUUGUUGUGAUGCCAUUACUUGUAAACUUACAAGAGAAGCCGAAUGUGCUUCUGGGCCAUGUUGCAAAAAUUGCAAGUUACAAUCAAAAGGGUUUAUUUGUCGAGAGACAACAAAUGAAUGUGAUCUACCAGAAAUGUGUACUGGAGAUGUAGGUCAUUGUCCUAUAGACGUUUAUAAAAAGAAUGGACAUCCUUGUGCUGGUGGUGAAGGCUUUUGCUUUAAUGGUAUUUGUCCUGCAAUAAAUCUACAAUGUGAACAAAUUUGGGGUUAUGGAGGUGUAGCAGCGGAUAAACAAUGUUUUGAACAAUUCAAUUCAAAAGGAUCUAUCAAUGGACAUUGUGGCACUGAUACCUCUGGUCAUUUUAUAAAAUGUGAAUUAGAAAAUGUCCGUUGUGGUCUUCUUCAAUGUCAAGAAGGAAGUAAACAGCCGGCAAUAGAUGGUAUAGAUGCAUUAUAUUCAAGAACAAUAAUAUCAAUUAAAGGCAAAGAGUAUGAGUGCAAAGCUACGAUGGAAGAAGCUGAAAUAGAAGGCUCAACUGCAAAUAUGGGAUUAGUUAGAGACGGUACGCCAUGUGGAGAAAAUUUGAUUUGCAUAAAUCAAACUUGCAGUAAUCAGUUUCCACAUAUAGACUUAGGAAAAUGCCCCAGUAAUCAUAUUAACCAUGAAUGUUCAAAUCAUGGUGUCUGCAAUAAUCUUAACAAAUGUCACUGUGAUCUUGGUUGGAGUGGGACAGAUUGUUCUUUGCAACAAGAACAACCAAUUGAGCCAAUUAUAAGUAGUACAGAGAUAUCUUCAUUACCCUCAGCAAAAAAUAAAAUGGAGAAGAAAGAGACCCCCUAUGAGAACUACCACGGCUCUAACACUGUAUAUUUAGUUAUUACUCUCAUGUCGGUGGUAGGGGGUGUUUUCGUAGUAUUUGCAAUGAUGGCUCUCUGCUACAGGUCAGUCGUAGUACAUAAAAACUUCUCCCUCUGUCUCAGAAAGAAGAAUACACUUCAAAAAUUCGAUCCACCAUACUCAAAGAAGCCAGUACAAAAGAGCUGUGGUGGAUCUGGUAAUGCUCAAAAUCCAGAAAUUGCAGUCUUAGACAGUGUGCAUAAAAUUCUUAAAUUUGGGACAAUGCCACACUAUAGAGAUCAAAAGCCACAAAGAAGAAGAUUAGGACUUGAUGAAGAAGAUGGCGGUACAGGGACUGAAGAAGCUGUCUCUUUCAUUGAUCUGCCACCAAACAGUCUGACAAAGUUACCUGAGAAGGGCAUUUUAAAGAAACAUGGUGGUUACGGUAUUGUAAUGUACCAAAUAUUAUUGUAAUAUACAAAAGGAAUUUUAUUGAUCAUACAAUAAUGUAAAUUG